AUGAAACCAUUCUUCUCUCUCCUUUCAUGCAAUCUCCCCUACCGCCCGGAAAUCCGUGCCGAUACCAACCGGGACGGAGUGAUCGACGAUGCUGAUGCGAAGGACAAGACCAUCUGGACCCACGAGCGUGGUGCCAUCUUCCUCCCUAGCGUGGGCGACAGCCUCUCUCGGUGCGCAACCGUCGACCUCAACGACGAACCCCUGAGCAACGAUGAACUGGCGUAUUGCCACGACGCGUCGGGAGACUCGGUUCUUGCGCCGGAAUAUCUCGCCCCGCUGCGUCUCAUGCCACUGAACGUCUCAGACGACGUGGUCGGGAGGGUCUACGCCACCCCACGCGAGGCGCAUGAGCGCGUGCGCAUAUUCAUGUUCGUCCACGACGACGACUCGGCCCCGCCAGAGCGAGAAUCCUGGGCGUUCCUCGAACGCGGGGCGCAGAUUUCCGCCGACAUGCUGCGCCAAGGCGUGACCCUCGGCAUCGACUCGCGCGAGUUUGUCAGGGACGCGGCCGUCUGGAACGGCACGACCGUUGUCCGCUUCGACGUUUUCCACGCUUCAGACCCUGAUCAGGUCGUCGUCGGCGACUCCGUGGCCAUGCAGGUGGCUCCCGUCCUGACGCACCAUCACCUCCAGGAGGUGGAGACCCUGGUCAGCGCUGCGGCGGAGGAAGAAGGUGGGCGGUUCGACCGUCGAGCGCAAAAAAGGUUCAAUGCCGAAGUGGAUGAGGCGCGUCAGGUGGCCGGGAUCGAGAAGGAGCUUCUCCUCCUCAAGAACGGCUCGGGGGAUAUCUGGGUCCAGGACCUGCUCGAGCCGGCCUAUGCCAGCAUGCCCGGCCCCCACGGUCCCAUCGCCAUCCGCAUCCUGCUCCGGUCGGCCCAGGUAUGGCGGGGCAGUGGUCGGCAGGUGUUUACAGACCUUCGAGGGCCGGGGAUCGGGGGGUUCCAACCUCGGACGUUCGGAAACGAAGGCUUCUUCCACACCAUCGACAGCCUGGGGAACGUCGAGACGAUCCCACCUUACACCUCGCGCAGCGGUGUGGGCUACCCCGCCGGCCGGGUGAUCUACGGACAGCACUUUGGGCGUCACAUCGCGCAGCCCAUGCGGGACUUUUUCGAAGGCCAAGCAGGCGGCCUGCAGAAGCCGCUCGUCCUCAAAACCGGCUGGCUGCUCGUGGGCCACGUGGACGAAUUCGUCCAGUUUCUCCCGUAUGACAACGACCUCGGCUUCACCAUCGGCGUGACCGACACGGAGCUGGCAUACAGCCUGUUGGAAGAGGCGGCUGCGGCGGGCGAAGGGGAUAGUCUGGUGGUGAACCCGCCUCCACCCCGCGACAACGUUUCGUUCGACGGCACGUUGCCGCACCUGCACCUCGACGUGACCGUCUCGGAGAUGCUGGGCAACGGCCGACUCGCUGAGAUCAAUGCCUACGCUCAGGGGAAGAUCGAUCAGAAUACUGAGAUCCUGCUGGACGAGCUACCGCUCGAUGAGGCAGAUAUCAUCCGUCUGCCCGUCCUUUUCCAGAGUUUCGAUGCGGGGGGCGAACCGGCUCUGUACUCGGCUCUUCAGGACGGCGAGCACAUUCUUGGUUUCUUUAGUCCGGACGUUGUGAACGGUGUUGUGGUUGGUAAGCAUUACUUGAGCCCGAACCCCUUCGGCCCGGUGGUUGAUGGCGUGGAUCUAUUUGCCGCUGCGGUUGAGAAGGCCUAUAGUCGGGCGGGCAUGAACGUGACCUUUGUCGACACGUUCCAUAGCCAUCAUCUGGGUGGAGGGGAGGUUCAUUGUGGUACCAAUGCGCUGCGGGCUGUGGAUAGUGUAUGGUGGGAGUAG